GCCAUGGAUGCCCAAGCCGUGCUGCUCUCGAACCUCCUCUCUAGGGCAUGAACGCAUGGAUCCCUUCUCCCAUGGCCGCCGCCACGAGAUACGCUAUCAAAACCCUAGACCUUCUCUUCGUCGACCGCGAUUUGACCCGUCAACGGACCUCCCGCAGCCACUGCGCCGCCGCCGCCGCCGCCACAAACACCUGCGAAGACCUCAUCUGUAGACUCGCCUCCAUUGCUAAACGCUUCCCCGGACCCUUAUCUCCUCCACCUCCUCCUCCUCCCGGAGCCAAGCCCCGCCGGCGCCAUCCAUACCACUACCACGCCCUCAUGAAGGCCUUCAGCCGCGCUGGUCAGUCCGAUGAGGUCCUCCGCCUCCUCCGCGAUAUGAAGGAAUCCGGUUGCAAGCCUAACCUCUUGUGCUACACCACCGCAAUCCAUUCUCUGGUGAUCUCGAAUCGGCCUUUUGAGGCCCAAUCGCUCUUUCAAGAGAUGCUGAUGAAUGGAGUGCACCCGGACACCAUUUCCUUCAGCAUUCUCGCCAAGUCACUAGCUUUUCAUCUCAAACACUUUGAUUCAGCUCUCACUUUUCUUGGCUGCAUGGUGAAGAAUGGAUCUGAACCAGAUGUGGUCACCUAUUCCUCGUUGAUCGCUGGCUUCUGCCGUGCAGGUUUGGUUGAUGAUGCCCUCAAGAUGUUUAAGAUUAUGCAUGAAUUGAAAUGCACCCCCAAUGCACACACUUUCACUCCUAUCAUCCAGUUCUACUGCUCCAGGGGAGAAAUUAGAAUGGCCAGAUGGAUCCUGGACUAUAUGCAUGAUUACAGCAUUGUGCCUGAUGCUGUAGCCUAUAAUGUCUUUGUCCAAUCUCUAUGUCAAGCCCGGCAGUUUGAACAGGUUGAGACUUUGCUCAGGGAGAGUGAUGAGAAUGGUUGGAUGCCGGAUAGUGUUACUUAUAAUACAUAUAUAAAUGGUCUUUGCAAAGCUGGUAGAGUGGAGGAUGCAUUUGAUCAGCUGGAAGUUAUGCUUGGGAAGGGGUUCCAUCCGACUGCCGUAACUCUUAGCAUCCUCCUCAAUUUGCUGUGUAGUGAAUCCAAAGUUGUUCAGGUUAAGAGUCUGUUGGAGAAGAGUGUCCUGUUGGGAUGGUUUAUCGGCACUGAUGGAUAUAACACUGUGAUGAGUAGGCUUUCUGAGAGUGGGCAGUGGGUGGCAGCAUUGAAGCUUUUUGCUGAUAUGGUAAAGAAAGGUGUGAGCCCUGAUACACAUACUUUCAACAUUGUUAUUAAUAGUCUUUGCAAGGGUGGAAAGCUUGGCGUUGCGAAAUGCAUGGUCAGAAGCCAAGGUUUCAUCGCUGACAGUGUAACAUAUAAUAUUUUGUAUUGUGCUUUCCAAACAGCAGGGAGAAUUGAUGAAUUUCAUGACCUGUUCUCUAACAUGGGUCUCUUGCAGGAUUCAGUUACGUACAAUAUUGUGAUUGAUUACCUUUGUAGAAAAGGAAGAUAUUCUGAGGCAAUUUAUUUCCUUAGAACCCUUGAGGAUAGUUUCUCUCCUGAUGUGGUUGCACAUCUAACCUUUGGAUUGGUUAAGGGUGGGAAACUGGGGGAAGUGUUGAGCUUGUUUAGGGAUAUGUUGGACCGGGGUUUGGUUAUAGAUCAUUGUAUAUUCGAUUCUUUGAUUAAGGCCUUCUGCCUGAAGGGAUCUUGUGGAGGCAUGGGCAUAUAUAAACUUUGUGUUGUUCUUGACGUAAUGCUUGGAAUAAGGUGAUUCAUUUCAAGCUGCUGCCUUGUUUAACUUUAUGAUGAGAUGUUAAUUGAAGAGCAGGAAAUUGUGUCAGGCUGAUUUUGAGGCAGCUUUUAUGUGAGAAAUGCAAUAAACACUGAGGUGGUGUGGCUGUUGGUCUGACUGCAGAAAGUGUGUUGUAUACUUAAAAAAUAAUGGUGAGAUUAUCAGUGCCUUAUUUUCUCCUUCACGCAAAAUUUAUUCAAGAAAAAUAUGCACAUGUUUUGGCCAUUUCUUUUCGUUGGCUGAUGUACAUGUGACCGGUGGUUUUCAAGCAAUAUUGUCUCACAAAUUUUCUUCUGUAGUUACAGAUAUACGGAUUUGAUGUCUAUUGAUAAUAACACUUGAUACAUUGCACUUUUAUCCAGUGCUCAAGUCGUGUAUAGACAUUAUUUUUUGUGUGGAGAUUACAGAUGUUGAAUUUAGUAUGCGCGUUGAUUCCAAUAGGAUUUGUCUAUUGUCAUUGUCACCAAACUUUUUAAGAACCAUUGACUUGCAAUUCGAGAUGUACAAUUCUGAAUUCUGUUAACAAUUGUAACAGAAAUUGGUGUAUGUUAGUAAUUAUAUUGGAUCUGUUAAACAUGUGUUAUGCUCAUCUGUCUGCCAGAGUAGAUCUUUCAUGCCAUUGUAUUCUAGUUCCAUUCAUUUUAGAAUAUUUCAUCAAGAUUUUCUGGGGAAUAAAACAGGAGAUUUUUAAU